AUGCUUAAAAGAGUUGAUCCUACCAACACAGUUCUAAUCACUUACUUACAAACCAUCGAUACUUCUGUUGAAACUGGGGUUCUUUUGGCUAGAGAAGAAGAGACGAAGACUAAGCGUUUGAAGAAGGAUGCUGCUGAAUCUUCUGAGAAAUUUGUCAAAGAAUCUAAAUCUACAAAGAGUCCGAAGAAGUUACCGAUUACAGAAUCCAAGCCAAUCAAACCCGAAGUUGUUGUUGUUGAUACCUCAUCCACUCAAAAGCAGAUCAUUCCUUCGAAGACUGGUGUCAUUCAAAGAAUCAAGAUGAAAUCAAAACAUAAGAGUCGAUCACCUCUAACAAAUGUUGUCCGCAAACCAUAG